UGCAGAGUUUAUGGAAAGCGAGACCACUUGGAAAAGUGAAUUAUGCAGCAAUGAGGUGAAAACCCCCAUAGAAUAUUUUAGUACUUUCUUUGCGGAUGAACUGUGGCAGAAAAUAUGCGAGGAAACGAAUUUAUAUGCCAUACAAACGAAGGGCAUAGAAUUGAAAUGCACUGUGCCUGAAAUAAAAAGGUUUGUUGGCAUACUUCUUUACCUUGCAGUUGUGAAAAUACCAGCUUAUAGAAUGGCGUGGGUGGCCAAUUUCAAACUAGCGGCCGUUGCAAAUGCAUUACCGAGAAAUAGAUUCGAACCAAUUAAACAGUUUUUCCGUUUGAACGAUAAUUCUAAACAGCCUCAGAAGAGAACACCUGAAUAUGACAAGUUGUACAAGGUUCGGCCUCUGUUGGACGCCAUAAAAAAAAAAUGCAAUGAAAUUUCGCAAGAAGAAUUCCAAAGUAUAGAUGAGCAAAUGAUUGCAUAUAAAGUUUGAAACAAUAUCUUCCAAUGAAGCCCCACAAGUGGGGUUUCAAAAUGUUUACGAGAGCUGGUGUAUCUGGAAUUAUAUAUGAUUUUACUCUGUACAUUGGAGAAGGAACGUGCAAGACUUAUGGCUUGGGUAUUUCAUCAGAUAU